AUGCAAGUGGACUACCUCCAGCACCAGUUCUGGGCAGCCAUGCAGCAGUGCUAUACGGUGGAGAGUCCAUGCCCAAAGAGCUGUGAGGACACUAAUCUGGACUGCUUCGUCAUAGACAAUAAUGGCUUCAUUCUUAUCUCAGAGAGGUCCCAAGAGAUGGGAAGAUUUCUGGGGGAAGUGGAUGGUGCUGUCAUGAUGCAGCUUCUCAGCACGGGGGUGUUCAGCCGAGUGACCAUGUAUGACUACCAGGCCAUGUGCAAACUGCCAGAUCAUCACCACAGUGCAGCCCAGGCCCUGAUCAGUCCUCUCUCUGCCUUCUCCAUGGUGGCUAGAUGGCUACUACAUGAGCUCCUGCUGUUCCUGCUGGAGUGGAGUGCCUGGGGUUCUUGGCAUGACAAAGUGUCUGAGGCCCACAAGCACAAGAAGCAGGACCUGCUACACCCUUGUGACACUGAGUACCCAGUAUUUGUGCACCAGACAGCCAUCCAGGAAACCAAUGGGAUCAUCAAGUGUGGAGCCUGCCAGAAGGCAUUUGUGAUGCAACAGAUUCCCAGCAGCAACCUGCUCUUCCUAGUGACAGACCACACCUGUGACUGCAGCAUGUUCUCUCCUGUCCUUCAGGAGGCUACAGAGGUCAAAUAUAAUGCCUCUGUCAAAUGUGACAGGAUGCGCUCCCAGAAGCCCAGGCGGCGACCCAACUCCUGCCACGCCUUCCAUCCAGAGGAGAAUGCCCAAGACUGUGGUGGUACUUCAGACACUGCAGCCUGGCUCCCCCUGCUCCUGCUGCCGCUGGUGGCCUGGCUGCCUCCAACCCAGCUUCUGUGGUGACCCCAUCCUGUCUGACCGUCACAGAAGGGGAUCCUUACAGAGACAUUCUAAAGUCACCAGCUCACAGCAGUAGGGUAACUUCUAGGCUUUUCUCAGACUACCAAUCCCUGCCUCUUGGAGAUUGCUGGAAGGAUCAAGAAACCAACAAUGUCCCAAGCACUGCUACCUCAAGGCUCCCCAAGGUGCCUGGUACCAUCCACCCCAAGUCUUCUACUUCUCUAUCCUUUUCAAGAAUCCAGCAAGAGCACAAGUGGAGUAGGACAAAAAUGUUUAGAUGCACCCAUUCACCAGAUCAGAAUCCACCAGUUUGGGGUCAGCUGUUUCUCUGACUGAUCUGCUGCAUAUCUGGAGACUUCUGAGGACUGGGAUGGUACAGAAUAAGGCCAUGCAGAGGAAGCUGGGCAAGAGCCACAAAUACAAAGGUCCUUAGGAAGGCACCUCCAUGCACUACAGAGAGGGCAAGGGAGGACAGAGGGACAGCGACAGGGAGAGAGGAGAGACAGGAAAACAAAGAAUAGGCAUUAAUCCUUUGGGGAACUAUCAAUUAGGCUACUAAAGAACUUCCAAACUUCAGAGAUGGCUCAGUGGUUAAGAGCACUGGCUGCUCUUGCAGAGGACCUGG